AUGCGCUACCGUGCGCAAGACGUCCUCCGUCGCAGUCGUGCAUGCGAUCCCACUCGCUCAACACCCAGACGCUUCGUCCAGAUAGCGGCCACCCCAUCGUCGACCAACCCUACCGUCGCCUCUGCUGCUGCAGAUAGCACUGCUCCUGAUGCGCAAUUCGAGGUCUUGGGCAGCCCAUUCUCCCUUCUUUCGGCUUCCAUCUCUGCUUCGCAGAACCUUUAUACUCGCAAGGGCUCGUUGGUUGGCUUCCAUGGUAAUGUCGAGAGCACCGUUUCGUCCUUGUCAGUCCUCGAACCUUUCCGCCGCGCCGCCUUUGGCAUUCCUUUCCUCUACCAGAAGAUCACCUCGACCGCUCCCUAUACCGCUCUGAUCUCGACAAAGUCUCCCGUGACCUCCUUCUCCGUUGUUCACCUGGACGGUCGCCUUGACUGGAUGAUCGCACAAAGAAAUGCUCUGCUUGCCUGGACUGGUCACACUCUUUCCAUCAAGCCUCAAAUCAACACUUCCAUGAGCAUCGCCCACUGGGGAACUUCUCGCGUUACUGGCCGUGGACUUCUCUGUUUGUCGGGCAAAGGUCAGAUCUAUCAGCUCGCUCUGAAGUCUGGCGAGGAGUACAUUGUUCACCCCACCAAUGUCAUUGCUUAUAGCAUCAUGCAACACGCUCCUCAGCCAUACCGCUUCAAGUCCUCCAACUUGCGCCUGCAAAUUCCCAACACCUUCUCAUACCUUCCCGACACUAGGUUCUUCAGCGUCGUCCGCCAGUCAAACGUCUGGCGCGUCGUGGCCAACACUUUGUUCACCAUCCGCACCUGGGCUCGUCGCUCAAUAUGGGGAGAUAGAAUGUUCCUUCGAUUCCAGGGACCCGCCAACAUCCUCGUACAGUCCAGAGCUGCCAAGCUGUCCGACGCCUUUACUGCUCGUGACGUGAACGAGGCCGCCGAUACUCCUGCUGGUGUAGUACAGGCCGGCAAGCCUGCCACACCUGCUCUCAUCGAUGCCCCACCCUCAACUCCUCUUGCGCCGACCAAGCUCGUCUAUGCGACACAGGGAGAGGACGGCAAAUUCACCAUUUCAAAGUCAUGA